GAGGGAGCGCACGUAGCAGCAGCAGCCGCUGCCGCCGCAGCAGGAGCAGCAGCACGCACCCCAGCUCCACUAGCCCAGCAGCAUCCAGCGUGGGGAUCAGCGCUCUGCCUGGCUCCCUGACACGGGAUGGACGUUCCUGAGCACUGAGCUCAGCCGCUGUAAAAAGCAAGUAGGAAAAUAUACAGCUGGAUAAAAUUGAACAUGAUCAGAAGAUAGCAUCAUACACCAUGAUCAUGGCCCCCCGGAAGCGGAAUCGUCAUGCCUUGGGAUUUCUUUGUUGUUUUGGGGGUAGUGACCUCCCUGAAAUCAACCUCAAGGACAAUAAUCCCCUCCAAUUCCUUGAGUUUUCUAUCCCAAUCCCACCAGCAGAAGAGCUCAAUGCCAGAUUCUCCGAACUUGUGGAUGAAUUGGAUCUCACAGACAAGAACAGAGAGGCUAUGUUUGCACUCCCUCCAGAGAAGAAAUGGCAGAUUUAUUGCAGCAAAAAGAAGGAACAAGAAGAUCCUAAUAAGCUUGCUACCAGCUGGCCAGACUACUACAUUGACCGCAUCAAUUCCAUGGCAGCAAUGCAGACUUUGUAUGCUUUUGACGAAGAAGAAACAGAAAUGAAAAAUAAAAUAGUCGAAGACUUGAAGACAGCUCUGCGGACUCAGCCCAUGAGGUUUGUGACCAGGUUUAUUGAGCUGGAUGGCCUGAGCUGUUUGCUGAACUUCCUGAAGAGCAUGGACUAUGAGACCUCAGAGAGCCGUAUACACACAUCCGUUAUAGGGUGUAUCAAGGCACUGAUGAACAACUCCCAAGGACGGGCUCAUGUUCUGGCCCAUCCAGAAAGCAUCAACAUCAUCUCCCAGAGCUUACGGACUGAGAACAUUAAGACCAAGAUUGCUGUGCUGGAGAUCCUGGGGGCUGUGUGCUUGGUACCAGAUGGUCACAAAAAAGUCUUGCAAGCCAUGCUUCACUACCAAGUCUACGCUGCAGAAAGGACAAGAUUCCAGUCAUUGUUAAAUGAGCUAGACCGAAGCAUGGGGCGAUACAGAGAUGAAGUAAACCUCAAAACAGCCAUCAUGUCCUUUAUCAAUGCUGUUCUGAAUGCAGGUGCUGGUGAGGACAAUUUGGAGUUCCGACUACACCUACGAUAUGAGUUUCUAAUGCUGGGAAUUCAACCUGUCAUUGACAAGCUAAGAGGACAUGAGAAUGCCACACUGGACAGACAUUUAGAUUUCUUUGAGAUGGUCAGAAAUGAAGAUGACCUGGAACUUGCCAAGCGGUUUGACCUGAUCCACAUUGAUACAAAAAGUGCCUCUCAGAUGUUUGAGUUGAUCAAGAAGAGAUUGAAGCACACAGACGCCUAUCCCUAUUUGUUAUCCAUCCUCCAGCACUGUUUGCAGAUGCCAUAUAAGAGGAAUGGAGGAAACUUCCAGCAGUGGCAGCUGUUGGACAGAAUACUCCAACAAAUUGUUCUUCAGGAUGAACGAGGCGAUGAUCCAGAUAUAGCUCCACUGGAAAACUUCAAUGUCAAAAACAUCAUUAAAAUGCUGGUGAACGAAAAUGAAGUCAAGCAGUGGAGGGAUCAGGCAGAGAAGUUCCGGAAAGACCAUGCUGAGCUGAUGAGCAGGCUAGAGAAGAAGGAGCGGGAGUGUGAAACAAAGACCCAGGAGAAAGAUGAAAUGAUGAAGACACUGAACAAAAUGAAGGACAAGCUGCAGAAGGAAUCCUUGGAGCUGCGCCAGACCCGAGACCAGAUGAAUGACCUGGUGGCUCAGCUUAAUGAGUUCUCGCAAGGGGGCAGCAUUUCCUUCCCACCCCCACCACCCCCUCCUCCAGGCGGCCCAUUAGCUUUGUCCUCUUCUCACAUGUCUGAGAAUUUGCCACCACUGCCACCUCCUUUGCCUUUCUCCAGCUGUCCGCCUCCUCCUGCUCCACCACCUCCUCCAGGAGGACCUCCUCCUCCACCAGGAGCACCACCUUUCUUCAGCAUGGGGGUGCCACCCCCUUCAACAACCACUUUCAGCACCAGUGGCAUCAGUCUGAAGAAGAAAUCUAUCCCACAGCCUUCGCACCCACUGAAAUCCUUCAACUGGGCUAAGCUGAGCGAGGAGAGGAUUCAUGGCACAAUCUGGAAUGAGAUUGAUGAUUUAAAGGCAUUCAAGGUGCUGGAUCUAGAAGAUUUUGAAAAGAUGUUCUCCGCGUAUCAGAGACACCAGGACCUGCUAACUAACCCCUCCUCCUGUAAGCAGAAAGAGAUGGGCUCAACAGAAGACCUUUACCUCUCCACGCGAAAGGUGAAAGAGCUUUCUGUGAUCGAUGGCCGGAGGGCCCAGAAUUGUGUCAUUCUUCUUUCCAAGCUGAAGCUGUCUAAUGAAGAAAUCAGACAAGCAAUAUUGAAAAUGGAUGAACAAGAAGACCUAGCAAAAGAUAUGCUUGAGCAGCUACUGAAGUUCGUUCCUGAAAAGAGCGAUACUGACCUGUUGGAGGAGCAUAAACAUGAAAUUGAGCGCAUGGCCCGUGCGGAUCGUUUCCUCUUUGAGAUGAGCAGGAUUGACCACUACCAGCAACGGCUGCAGGCAUUAUUCUUUAAGAAGAAGUUUCCAGAGAGGCUGGCAGAAGCAAAACCAAAAGUGGAAGCCAUUCUUCUGGCAUCCAAAGAACUCAUCCGAAGCAAGCGUUUGAGGCAACUCCUGGAGGUAGUUCUGGCCUUUGGGAAUUACAUGAACAAAGGCCAAAGAGGAAGUGCUUAUGGCUUCAAAGUCUCCAGCCUGAACAAAAUUGCAGACACCAAAUCCAGCAUAGACAGGAAUAUUACACUGUUGCACUACUUAAUUAUGAUCUUUGAAAAGAAUUAUCCAGAUAUCCUAGAUAUUCAGUCCGAAUUGCAGCAUCUUCCAGAAGCAGCAAAAGUCAACCUGGUAGAGCUGGAGAAGGAAGUCAACAACAUAAAGACUGGAUUGAAAGCUGUUGAAGCUGAACUGGAUUAUCAGAAGAGACGCAUGCGGGAAUCAGGGGACAGGUUUGUUCCCGUCAUGAGUGAUUUCAUCACUGUGGCCAGUUUCAGCUUCUCAGAGUUAGAAGACCUUCUCAAUGAGGCUAGAGACAAGUAUGCCAAGGCACUGAAGCAUUUUGGAGAGGGCGAGGGCAAGAUGCAGCCAGAUGAAUUUUUUGGCAUCUUCGACACUUUCUUACAGUCAUUUGGAGAGGCCAAGCAAGAUCUGGAGAAUAUGAGGAAGAAAAAGGAAGAGGAGGAGCGCAGGGCACGCAUGGAGGCUAUGCUAAAAGAGCAGAGGGAAAAAGAAAGGCGACAAAAGAAAGCAAAAGCUGGAAGCAUCUCUGAAGAGAGUGGGGAGUUUGAUGACCUGGUAUCAGCAUUAAGGUCGGGUGAAGUCUUUGACAAAGACUUAUCCAAGCUCAAGCGUAACCGCAAGCGUUCGGGCAACCAAGGCUUAGAGACAAGCCGGGAGCGGGUGGUGACAAAACUAAAUUAUUAACUACAAGAAGAAGAAAAAUAAUCAACCAAAAGAAAGUGAUGAAGAAGUGCAAAAGAAGGAAGAUGAAUGUGUGUGAUGGCGCCUGGCUGACAGCUGCCCCAAAGGAUUUCUUUGGACUGUGGCUAGAGUCGUUACCUUUCCAUGAUCAGCUUUCCUCUCAUCCCUCUUCUGUGCUCCUAAUUUGAACCAUUAUAAAAGUGCCUCUGUGGAGCCAGCAGGGCCUGUGACUGGGCCAUGCAGAGCUGACAGAUUUGCUUCUAGGAGUUUGUUGUGUCAUCAAAGGCCUCAUGGUGAUGACAGAAAGUACUUAGGCCUUGCAGAGGGCCUAACAGCUGGAACAAGAUAAUUCUCUGUGUGCCAAAGUAAAAAAUAGUCACGAUCUUCAUCUUGCUGAUAACAAGGAAGACUAAUUUCAGAGCAGCUCUGUAAACACCUGUCACUUCUUCAGGAUCUAGACUGGCCUUCAGGGGUUUGUUGAGAUGUGGUUCUUGAAGUUUACAAUUCCCUUCUAGAAUUGGAUUUUAUAAGCCAUUGAUUAGCACCUGAAAAAUUCUUCUGACCUCAUGUCCUGCAUAGUAUUUUUGUGUGGCCUACACUGUCCAAAGUGAUGCUUAGAAGGAAGUCUUCAGAUUCUGGAACAAAUGGAAAUUCAAGAAUCAGGAUCAACUUGCGAAAGUCUUUUGAAUUCUGCUUUUCUAGAAGGAGUUUUCUGGAAUUUCUUGGUGGUUGAGUCUUGAAGCUAUGAAAUGCAUCUUCUCAGGAAGAAGCUCUGGCUUUUCUUUAGAAAACUAAGCCACUGCCAGGCUGGGAUUACAAGUAGAUGACUGUGGAGCCUGUUGUCAUUGCUGGAGGCUGGGAGUGAAUCAGUGGAAAAUUUCUUACCUGUUUGUGCAAGAUUUCUUAGUGCAGCCCAACGGAAAUCAGGAGCUCUCUUGUAUCAUCCGCAGGUCUCAAGCAAAAGCAAACAGGGUCACUGCCUGCAAGAAAUGAGAUUUGUUUUCCACUUGAUGCUAGCUGUGAUUGCUGUUGGCAUGAACUGGUCUUUCUGUCUAACAGGCUGACCUUCACUGUACAUGCCCCACUCCUACCAAGGGGAAUCACUUAACUCAGUAAGAUAUGAGUGGUGUCAAAGAUGAACCUUCGAGCCCAUGGACUUUUUCAUUUUGAAGAGAUCACUUGGAAUAAACCAAAGGAGAGUCCCAUAAUUACGGCUGAAAGUUUUUCCAGGGGGACCUAGAAUUGUGUAAUCCAAGAAGGCUUUAGAGAUGGGUUAGUUCAUGAGGAAAAAAAUAAAUUUGUAAGUAGGCUACAUGUAUGAAGCACAAAGCAGAAAAGCAAAGAACCCAAGAAGAGGUCUGAAUUCUGUGUGUUUUCAUGGCUCUAAGAAAGGGAUUGGACUGUGUGGGCUAUUAUGGGCUUUUUUUUGUACUUCUUUUUACUUUUUUGUUUUUCAUCUUGUCUUCUUUUUUAUUAUCUUCCCUGGAGAAGGAAAAGAGGAAAAUAAAGAAUGAUGAUGGAUUCUUCCUCAUAGAUAGGAAGAAGGAGAUUUCAGAAGAGGGACCCACCAUCUACAAACUAUGCAUCAUUAGUCAACAGUACAAAAUGUCAAGGAUUCCCAGGGAAGUGAAAAAAGCUCUAUUUGUCACUUUAAUAAUUUGGUUUGAUUUUUGUCUGAGUGUCACUUAACCUCAGGCUCUGCACCGAGUCUGCAGAACAGAAUUUCCUCUGCAAUGCACGCUGCCUGAUCAGUAUUAUACACGACGAUACUGGAGAAGCAAACUGUGUUGGUUUUCUGGACACUUCGAAACCUAAAUAAUUAUGUAAACUAUGGAAAGAAGCAAAAAAUUCAGAAUUGUUAAACUCUAAUGUUUCAUUGUUUACUGAAUUUUGAGUCUCCCACCCCAGAACUUCCCUAUUUACGACAUUCCAGACUGCCGCGCCUCUGUAUAAUACUCAUCGUAAAGAGCUGGUAUCUUACAAGAGCUGGGUGCAUUCUCCUCCCUUACCAUCCCACUCCCCUUCUGGGAUUAGCUAUUAACAGCAAUGCCUAUUGCAGUGGACACAAGCACCUUGUAGAAGAAAGACUGUAUUUCAUAAAGGUUUUUGAAAGUUUAAGAAAAACUCUCACUUUUUUAAGCAUUUUUAUUUUAAAUUACAAAAUGGAUUUUUAGAAAUGUCUCUUGUAAAUUAUAUUAACAAGCUCCUUGCUGCUCCCUGAAGUAGACUUGCUAUAUAUCCCAGCCCUUUUGUUUGUCUUGUUUUAAAGCAUGCCAUGUAACCUAUGCCAUGUAAGCCAUAUGAGAGGUGGUAAUAUGUGCCAAAUUGGUAUACAGUUGAGUUUAGAUUUGGAUAAUCCCUGAAUUCCAAAGAUUAUGCUUUUAGGGAUUAGAACAUUGUAGGGUUUUUCCCCCCGUCUUUGUUCUCCCUGUGUUUAGGACUCACCCAGAAAUUCAGGUGUGGUGCCAAGGUCAGCUCUGGUGCAAGAUGAUGUGACUAUAGCUCUGUGCAAGUACAGCUGCUUGCUUACUCCCCAGGUACUUGUUUGAUAAGGCAGACUGUCAGCCUGCCAGUGCUGUCAGAGAAGAAACACCUCAGGGCAAACACUUUGAAUAUAAAUACAGCAUUCCCCCCACCCUGUAUUUGUCAAUCCAGGCUUGUGCUGUGAUUUUUGAAACUGAAGUCACUUUGCCAAGCCACAAAUGUAGCAAAAGCAGAGAGAGUGAUAUGCCCCUCUGUCCCUUUGUGUACAGUUCGACCCUGAUCUAAAGAGAUCCUGUAUGAUGGUACGCGGCAGCGCUCCAGCAACACUGAGAGCCCAAGAAAGCUGCUAUAGUUUUGCCACCUCUUUGACUCAUACAUAAAUAAUGAGAGAUUGUGCAAUUCCUGUAAAUCAGCUGUGGGAUACUUACAGGGAUGGACAGAAAGCUCGAAGUCAUGCCCCUGAUUCAUCAGCAAAACUUUCUCAGCACUCCAGUGCCCCAGACUCCUGUUUUGAAUCUGUGAUGGUGGCUGAAAGCUUUGUUCAGUGUGCUGGACAGUCCCCCUGGCUCUUGACUCCGUGGUGAAAGUUCAUAAAUAAGGUUUUGGAAAAGCUCAGUUUCACAUUGAGUCAAGCACUCAUUUCACAGAAGCGGUGACAAGCGGAGAGGCCCAUUAAUUACUGUGUGAGAUGAGGCUGCCCGUGCAGAAGAUAAGGAAAAAUUUGGCUCUGCUGUAGGGCCUGGUGUCAGAUUCUUGCUGGAGCCAAGUUUGUCUUGCUUCUCAUCUCUUGCGUACUCUGAGUACAUGUAAUAUUCUGUUCUUCAGCAACUGUGGUAGAGUUGCUGAGUGCUGAAGGAUAAAGGAAAAUCUGACUCUAAGCAGGUAUAGCAAGCAGUCCAAGGUCUAACAUCGUACUGAGAGCUGCCGAACAGCUGGGGUCUGCUGUUGUCCUUGCACCUGUGCCUAGCACCAGCAUUCUAAGAGAAGCCACUCUGGUUUUGGAAGUAAGUGGAGGAGGAGAUGUGAGAAAGAAGGGUAUAAUCAAGGGCUUGUUCUGCUUCCUGCAGAAAUGCAGUCAUUGCUAACUUUAUGAUGAAGUUCCUCACACCUAGAAGAGGAGGUACUUUUUAACUAUCCAGACUUUGUCCCUAGAGGUCUAGUGCUCACUCACUCACCUCUGCAUCUCUGCAUUGUGGCUAACAAGGUUGCAUUAGGAUGAUUCCAGAAAAGACUGAAGAAGACUCCCUCCCACUUGCUUUUAUCUGAGUCACUCUACUCGGUUGAUGGUAAGUCUCUAGAAAUGCUACAAGGUAAAGUGACUUCAAGGCAGCAAGGCCCUUCCAGACUCUGCAGCACAGCUAUUGUCCAGGCACUGGUUCCCUAUGAAAGCAGAAGUAGGACUUGUGUUCAGGGCUAAGGGACUUCCUUACUGGGGAAACUACCUGGAUAUCCUUCAGAAAAUUUUUGUAAUGUGUUCAAAAUGUCUGAGGAAGAGAAAUCACAAGGGAUCCUGGUGGGAGACCAUGGGGCAGGUGUUUCCAUAAUGAUCAGCCCCACUGACUGAAUCUUUCCUCUUCUUUAGGAAAGCUCACACUCUGAGCUGGGUUGCAUGGGAGAAGCUUGUAUCAGGAAUUUCCGUGAGGGGAAAAGAGAUCUGUUGUACAGUAGAUGAUGUACAUGAUAUAUGCAGUUUCGUUUCUGGGUUGGUUGUUUUGGGUUUUGUUUGUUUGUUCGUUUGGGGGUUAAAUGAUUUUUUUAAAAAAGGUUUUAGGAAUCUCUAAGGGGAACCUGUAAAUCUGACACCUCUAUUUAUUUUGCCUUAUUUUAGUUUGCUAUGUUUGUAUGUAUACACUGCAUUACAGCAAGGACUAUUGAGACCGUGCCAGGGCAUUACACCAGCUAGAGACAGCUGGCUGGGCUGCUGCACCACUGAGGCUGAGCUCAGUGAGGGGAUGCACGUGAGCAGUCUUGGAGUGGGAAGGGAGGGAAGGAAAAAACCUUCUCUAUUGCUUUUGUCAUAAUGACUGCCCCUGGUGAUCCUAAACUGAUGGAGGUUGGGUAAUUUAGAACACUUUCUACAAAAGCUGUUUAUUUUUCAUCAUGAAUCAUGGUGAGAAGACUGAGAAGAGUUAAGGUGCACAGUUGCUCGCUCAAACUUCUCCAUUCCACACAAAUUCUGUCCAUAAUGCCAGAGAAGCUUGGAUAGAUGGCCGAAAGUGGUUCAUGCCCUGUAACCUCUCACCAGAGUUAACGUGCUGGUGAGACAAAUUGGGACAGUUCUCCUUCCUCAGAGCUAAUAUUCCUUCCCGUCUUCAUAGCCAAAGAAUAAGGAUUUCCUCUACUCCCCCUCUUUCCUCCUCCACUCCACCUCCCCAGAUUAUCCAGGGUAAAAAAAAAAUCUUUCUGCGAGUUGGUUUUCUACCCGUGGAGUCUCCAGCAAUCACCAGGUGUUUGGCCAUUGCUCCUUGGCUUCUGCACUUGACAUAGAUUUCUGGUUGCCUUCUUUCCAAACUGGUAGUCUCUGUUGGCCACCCUAGUUUCUGUUAUAAAGGUAGAAGGACAACCUGGGUAACACAAUUUGGCCAACUGAAAAAAAAAAAAAAAACAAAACCCAUAUAUAUAUAUAAUAUGUAUAUAUAAAAAAAGCUAUCUCCUACUCUAAAUAGUAGUUUGUAUGAGCAGUAUUCCCUGAAGUUUGCCAGAUUUUGCUCACUGUGCCUGUUGAGAAGGAUGCCAUGACUCUAGCAUGGUGUUUUGGCACCUCAUUUCAUCAAAGGGUCUGGAUGCUUCCAAACCAUUUUUCUGCUACAGAUGGUAACGUAGAAUAGAUCCAUUGCAACCAGUGAAAGAUACUCUGGUUUUACACCAGCGUAAUUCAAAGUAGAAUCUGGAUUAAAACUUUCCUUCAGGCAGUUUUGUCUAUUUACAAGAUGUUCUACACAGCUCAUGAAAGGCUUGGUCCUUUUAGCUUCCACCUCUAGGAGCUCUAACCCAAGUGAUUUACAAAACCCUCUGUGACAAGCUGUUUUUCCGCUUCGUGCUUGCCCUCAAACAGGCUCUUUAAAAUUCUUCACAGUUUUUAGAAUUGUAAGGGAAUGUUCAGUACCUGAGUACCUGUGCUCAAGACCUCCCUUCCAAACCAUCCCCACCUUCAGUUGUUCUGCUCCCCUGCAAGCCUGCUCAGCUUGAAACUCGCAGGUGUCUUUGGGAGGUGCCCCUGCCCACCCAGCUAGAAAGUACAGUGCUGCUUAUUGAAGUGGGAGGUUGUGUGCUGCUGUAAUGCCUUGGCAUAUCCUCAUUCUUAGUCAGUUUAAGACUAUAAGUGAAUUAAAUGUACAAAUCCUGUAGUGUCCUUUUUAUCUGUAUCUUUUUAUAAGAAUAUACUGUAAUACUAAAAAAAAAAAAGCAAAAAAAUUAAAGAUAUAUUGCCCCCA